UACAAGAAGGAUACCCGUCAUUAGAUAACCAGACACUAGGAUACACCAUGUCGGGCGUUCUCUGGGUUCUGACUUUGGGGGCAUUGGUUGCCGGUUGCUGGGCCGUGGAUCAGACCCGACAGCCCGGGGCCCUGGGGGCCUCUGUGGUCGAGUCGGUGGUCAGCCUCAUUAGGGAGUCCUGUCUUUUCGCAGACGACAAACGUUUUCUCCGACGUCUGGCCUACGUGCAGUCAAGAGACGGGACGGAUCCCAAGACCUACGGCAGGAGUAAUUAUCAUGGCGGAAUCUGGCAGGUGGACCAAGAUAAGUUCCGGGAAACCCAAACGACAUCUGGACUGCAGAACGAGAAGAACAUAAUCAGAAACACGUUCGGAAUCAACUGGGACUACGUCACGUGGUCGGAUCUUCGGAAACCCUUGUACUCGGGUAUUGCUGCCGCACUGUAUACUAAGCUGCAUAGUGUAGUGGCUUGGAGGAUAGAGGACCAAGCAAAUACCUAUGAAAGCUUGUUUCAGUCAUCUGGGGGCCACAAUUUCACAAAUUUGGCUCAGCUUCUCGACCAAGGUUGCCAUGGAAAUGAAGCAAUCGAUUUAGUUUUUGUUGUUGACAGUUCCAAUUCCCUAUCGAGUGACGAUUUCACCAGAGCGAAAUAUUUCAUGAGUAACGUUGUUGACGCUUUCAAUAUUGCGUCGGACAAAACGCGUGUUUCGGUUAUUACAUAUUCCAAUUCGCCCCGGAUUGAAUUUCACCUGAGUGCACACACAUCGAAAACUCCGCUGAAAAACGCAAUUCAACACUUGCCUUUCCAUCCCGGAUCUACAAACACGGCGGCUGCUUUACAAUCGGUAAUAAACAGCGUUUUUACGUACAGUCGUCCCAAUGCAGCAAAAGUUGUCAUCGUCAUUACAGACGGGCAGUCUGAUGACGUCAUCAACACCCAACACGCUGCUGAUAACGCUAAAAGUGGCGGCGUCAUAAUGUUUUCUGUCGGCGUAGGUUCAAGGAUUGACACCAGUGAGCUCAACUACAUGGCCUCCACGCCGUCUUGUACCCAUGUGUUCACCGUGUCAGGCUAUGACGAAAUACGGGCACUCAAAGAAGAACUCAUUCAGAGUUCUUGUCGAGCUCCCGUUUACAUAAACAGCACAUUUAGCUGUGUCAUAGAGAAAUGUCCACCACUGGCUGUUUUGACGUCGAUUCCGGGAGUCACAUUGGAGACAAACAUGACUUGCGGGGUGGGAAACAUCUACACAGCCUUCAACAACGCAUACCCCGGGGAGAGCUACUACGAGACCAUCAACUCCGUGUCCCCCGGGAACCCCACCUCCGUAUUCCACAACUCCUCCGUGGACCAGACCCUGUUCAUCAACCUAGUGGACGCCCUCAAGAACCAGGCUACCGACAGCACGGGCUGUACCAUCACCAUCACCCCCUUCCACGGGGACCACACAGACCACACCGUCAAGUGCUACGUAGAUGGAAUAAGAAUUGAAUGCCCGGAUAAUUGCAAAGAGAAAUGGAACUUCCCCAAUCCUUGUACCAAAGAUAACCUGGAAAAGGGGGUCUUGAAAUUUCCCCAUCCCACGGACGUCACAAAAUACCUUAUGUGUGAUUUGUCAGGGAAGCUCUACAUCGUACAAUGUCCUCAGUUCGAGUCGUACUACCAAUCCUGCCAGCAAUGUGUCGGCAACACCUCAUCGUCUUGUAUAGUUGGCAAGAAGAACUCUACGGAUUCUUCCCCAUGCACGCUCGCAAAUCUCCAGGCUGGACGUUUCUUUUUCACCUAUCAGGCGGACAACACCAAGUUUAUCCAUUGUGACGUGUGGGGUAAGGCCUGGCUCAUGUCAUGUCCGGGGGGUGAGGUCUGGGACCAGAACAUUCUUACCUGUCUGACUUCCGGUUCCGGAACUCAGUCGGGGUCGACUCCAUUUUCUCCGAUCGUCCGUCCGCCAUCUUCCACCAACUAUGGCGGCGAUGAGGUUAACGGUUUCCUCUGCUGUCCGACAUGUCCUCGCUUUUCACCUCCUUGUACGCAUGACAAAAUAAGCGCGGGAAAGCUGUUUCAUGGCAUCGCUGGAGAUCGGCACCAUUACAUCCAGUGUGACCUCACCGGAAGGAUGUAUUGUCCAAUGAGCUGCGCACCGGAAGCAGAUGGGUCUCUUGAUUACUUCAACUACUUGUCGCAGACAUGCGUGGACGGGGCUUUGUCUGGAAUUGUCGGUUGAUUAAAACAUUUAUGCAGGGGGUUUUUUUUCUUGCUCGCCUCAAUGACAUAUAUUUUAUUAUUUUCAUGCUUUGUAAAAAAAAAAACACGAAUAAAUGCUGACGAUUGUAAACUUAUAUGCUAAUUAGACGUGAGAUUUAUAAUUCAUCGAGUUGUUAACAAAUAAACAUUUUCUGUGAA